UCCGAAGCCACAAGCAUUUCCAAAUCCGAGGUACUUUGCGUUUUCCAUCUCUCAAUGUGAUCCUACCCUUUCUCUCCCCGUUAGUUCGCAUUUCCAUCUCUCUAUAACCGCGUUAGAGGGAAGUCUCAUUACAGCAUUGGCAUCCCUAAACACCAGGGCGACCAGUAAAAACACAGACAGGAACAAAGAAUCAAAGUGAAGGAGGGUCCGAGAACGAGGCCGCGAAACCCGCAGCUAGUAGUAUCGCGAUGGCCGCCGGGGACGCGCCGACGGGCGCGGGCACGGCGGAUCCCGCGACGUCGACGCCGCUGCUGCAGCUGCGGCGGCGGGGCUCGUACACGCGGUCCAUGUCGCACGCGCGCGACGAGCUCCGCAGCUUCCGCUCCUGCCUCCGCCUGAUGUGCGUGGACCACUCGGACGGCGCCAGCGCGGCCGCGUCCUGGCUCGUCUUCGCCGCGCUCGCCGUCGCCGUCCCCGUCUCCGCCCGCGUGGCGCUGCCGCGGCGCGCCUACGACACCCAGGUGCAGGCCUCGCUCACACUCUCCGCGGCGCUCGCGUACGUCACGCUCACCUCACUCAUCCGGCGCCGGGGACUCCGCCGGCUGCUCUACCUGGACCGGCUCCGGCACGACUCCCAGGACGUGCGCGCGGGCUACACCGUGCAGCUGGCCGGGUCAUUCCGCCUCCUGGCAUGCUUCGUGCUCCCGUGCUUCCUCGCCGACGCGGCGUACAAGGUGUUUUGGUACUGCGCGAACCGGCCUUUUGCCGUCCCGUGGUGGUGGUCGGCCGCGGCGUGCGCGCUGGAGAUGGCGUCGUGGAUGUACCGCACGGCCAUGUUCUUCAUGGCGUGCGUGCUGUUCCGGAUCAUAUGCUACCUGCAGAUCCUCCGCAUGACGGGCUUCGCCAGGGAUUUCGGGCAGUGCGCCGACGUCGCCGCCGUGCUCAGGCAGCACCGCCGCAUCCGCGACCAGCUCCGGCGGAUCAGCCACCGGUACCGGAGGUUCAUACUCUACUGCCUCCUCCUCGUCACCGCCAGCCAGUUCUCCGCGCUCCUCGGCAUCACCAGGCCCCACGCCAAGGUCAACAUCGCCACCGCCGGCGAGCUCGCGCUGUGCUCCCUGAGCCUCGUGACAGGGCUGCUCAUCUGCCUGCACAGCGCCGCCAAGAUAACCCACAAGACCCAGGCGAUCACCAGCAUCGCGGCGGCAUGGCACGCCGACGCCACCAUCAACAGCGCGGAUCGUGACCAGGAGAACCCCAGGACACCCAGCAAGGCGAACCUCCUGCAGGUGCAGCAGCAGCAGCAGGGGCCCGCCGCCAGCAAUUCCUCCGGCGACGAGUCCGACGACGACGACGAGAUGUCCCCGAGCGAGGACAGCCUCGACACCUCUAGGUUCACGUCUCUCCACGUCACCCACAUCUCCUACCAGAAGAGGCAGGCGCUAGUGACCUACCUAGAGAACAACCGCGCGGGCAUCACGGUGUUCGGCUUCGUCGUCGACAGGACGUGGCUCCACGCGCUCUUCAUGAUCGAGUUCUCGCUAGUCAUGUGGCUGCUCGGGAAGACCAUUGGUAUAUCUUAAAGGCUGUACGUCCGGCUCUUUGCCUUGUAUAUGUACUACCGAGUAUCACCUAGAUCGCCACCUCUGAAGGGUGUAAAUUGAACGCAGAUAGAUAAGUAAAGUUUACGCGAAAUGUUAGCGGGUAAAUGUUUACCUAGAAAAAUUUGGAUAAACAUUUAUCUAUGACACUUUCUGUUUAUAGCAAAUCUAUAAUACUUUCUGUUUAUAGCAACUUUUUUUCUCACACAAUCCAUGCUACGGAGUAGUACUACUUUUGGCUUUUUGUGUGUAAAAUUUAUAUCUUUGUCGGAAAUAGCUACCUUCGAAAAUAGAUGACACCAUCAUUUUCUACA